GGCAGUGUUGCAGAUGCGGUUCACCUGAAGCGGCGGGCGGUUGCUGCUAUUAUCCCAGUGUCUGCGAGCUCGGCGGUGAUGAGGAGAUCUGCACCCUGCUCCAAACGUGUUUGAAGCGGCUGCGCUGUGCUGUGCUGCCGGGCCCCGAGGAGGCCUGCCGUGAGAACCCGUUAUCUGCGGUGCUACUUGGGAAGGUUGCAUCUCAUUUCCGUUGGGCGCACCUUCUCGGCUCCUGCCUUUCUGGAGGGGCAUUCGGCUCGCCGGCGGGCGGCUCCUGAUGCUGGCAACGUGACCGAGGAGGCUCUGGACAGUUGGUGUCAGCGACUCGCACUGCUAGGAUUGGAAUCCGGGUCGCGCUCCGGCGAGGAUGUCUCGUCGCAGCAUACGCCUUGCCACAAGUGGUUAUUACCAGGAUGAUGACGAUGCUUCGAGCAGCAGCGGGGGCUCUGUCACCGUUGGUGCACCGUCCUACAGGGAGAGCCCUGUCAGGUUAUCCAAGAGAAAGUCAAACAGUAAGCGCUUGGGGCUUGUAUCUGCACCUGGCAUCAAGCGUUCAACAUCCAACAGUUCAGUGAACAGUCAGAGCAGCUUUGCCAGUCAUGUCAGCAAUGCUUCCAUACACUCUCAGCAAUUUGCCAGCAUUUCCAGCUGGCAGGAGCCUGACCCAGUCGUUGAAGGUGUGCCUACCUUUGAGGACAAUUACGAAGGGCUAUCUGGGACGGUAAAGAGAGCAAAUGGCUUUAGGACUGCGAUUCUGCCAAAAUCUCAAGCUCCUUCGGAUAUCUACACAUCUUCAACAUCUGGUUACUCCUCAGAGGAUGAGCAGCUGGGUUCCUCACAGCCUGCAGCGACCUCUCCUGUUUCCAGGUUCUGGGGCUGGGUCUCGGUACUGUCUCCAGGUAAAGCUCUGUCCAUGAUGUACUGGUGGUUGGGCACGUCCUGGUACCGGUUAACAACAGCUGUCUCCUUGCUUGACGUCUACACGCUCUCUAGGUGUGUCCCCUAUGUGAAGAAGUGGCUGCUGCUGGUGUUGCUGGCCUUAUUAUUGGGUGUUUGCCUCUUACUAUCAGCCAGAAGUAUCUGGUCUCGUGCUGAGAAGCCAGUGGAAGGAGCAGGAACUGAGAAGAGGGUAGUUGGGCCUCAGGAGCCGGCAGCCCCUGUGCUGGACCUCACUCUACAGUCUGAAUUGCAGGCACGAGUGCAGAGAAUGGAGCUGCAGCUCGAACAGCUGACCACUGACUUCCGGGCUUGGCUGGACCAAAGCAAUGGGCAGGGUCAGCCCACGGAGGCACAGCCCGAUCAUGUCACACCCCCACUGACACAGGCCCACAUCACCAAGCUGCUUGGCGAGAUGACCAACCAGAAACUGGAGGAGCUUCGGGACAGCCUGCCCUUUGACUCGCUGAGAAAGGUUCAGGCUGACAUAGCUGCCAUCCAGCAGAAGCAAGAGGGCCAGAUGGAGCCUGAGCUACGGACAGUUAGAAGUCAAAACCAGGAGAUGUUACAGAAGGUGAAGGGAGUGGAAUCUGCUGUUGAAAGCAUGACUGAUGAACAGAAGAAGUUACUGUAUGCAGUUGGCCAGUUGGAGGACCAACUGAGCCAGACCCAGCUGGAGCUGCAGGCUGCACACACGGCCCAGAAAGAUGUGGUUUCCAAUAUGCAAGCACUUGGCAACAGGGUUGAAAGUAUGACGGGUGAUGCGGCACUGGUCCCGCUGGUCCACAAGCUGCUGUUUGGUUCACCACUGGACAGCACAGAGGUACCAUCAGGGCAAGCACUGACAGCACAGCUGGUGCAUCGCAAGGAACUUGAAAACCUUCUUGCAGGCUUGGAGAAGAAGAUUCUCACAGGUCUUUCAUACAACCCUGGUGAGGCAACAGAGCAAAAUUUAGCACUUGUCAGGGCAGGAAUUUUUGAGGAAGUAAAAAACGUUGUGGAGCAGGCCCUGGAACUGUACAGUGCUGAUCGGAUUGGAUUGGUGGAUUACGCUCUGGAAUCUGCUGGUGCCAGUGUAAUCAGCACUCGCUGUUCAGAAACCUUUGAGACCAAGACUGCUCUUCUUAGUCUGUUCGGAGUUCCACUGUGGUACUAUUCCCAGUCUCCCAGAGCUGUCAUUCAGCCUGAUGUUCACCCUGGGAAUUGUUGGGCAUUCAAAGGCUCACAAGGCUUUGUUGUCAUUCAGCUUGCUGCUCGAAUCAGGCCCACGGCCUUUACCCUAGAGCACAUUCCAAGGUCAAUUGCUCUCCUUGGCUCAACCAGCAGUGCCCCUCGCGACUUCUCAGUUUUUGGCUUAGAUGAUGAGAAUCGGGAUGAAGGGUUCCUGUUUGGACAGUACACCUAUAACCAAGAAGCAGAUUCAAUCCAGACAUUCCAGGUGCAGAAUAAAGAUCUUGCAGCCUAUCAAGUCAUUGAACUGAGGGUGAAUAGCAACUGGGGUCAUCCUGAAUACACCUGCCUCUACCGAUUCCGUGUCCAUGGAGAGCCAGUGAUGUAACUCCAGGAGUCUGCCAUCCUGCAUUCUACAGCCCUUCAUGGACCUGGCCAGGUUUUAUUUUCUGCACAUCUGAAGCUUCAGUGCUAGCAAUUGCUCUAACUGCUGCCCAAUCUCUGCUAUGUUGCUUAUUGCAAAUAAAAAAGCACAUUUUACAGGAAGGAAUUACAAAGGUACUUAGUGGAAUGUAUUGAAAAGAAACACUCAAUUUCAAGAUUGUGAAUAUCCUAAGCCAUGAAUAAUAUGGAGAAGUGAUUGGAAGAAAUCUAUUGUGUGCCAUUAUUUGUGAUGCGCUGUUAAUGAAAAAUUUUCCCUAUCACAAUGCACCUUUCAGAUUCAGUUUCCACCUGUUCAUCCCAAUGGAAAAGUUUGAGCACGUAUUUUUAUUAUGGAUUUUGAACACAUGCAAUGGUUUUAAACUUUUUGUACUGGACAUUAAAGUAAUUCCAUAACAUUGA